AUGGCUUCCCUCCCAUCUCUCCCAAAACCCAUCUCGCAAAACCCACACUUUCCCACAAAACCAGCUGCCCAUUCACAUAGCUUGAACGUAAUUCCACGAAAUCAUUCAUUUACGGGACAUGGGUUGCUUAAUUUUCAACAUGGGUCGUUCAGAGCCAGAGAGAUGAGGGUCAUCAGAAGCUCGAACCAAACCGAAGCUAUGCCUGAUUAUAGCAUUCAAGUCUCUGAUGUUCCACUGCUGACUUGCUCAGAGGCAAUUGAAAGGCUAAAAACAUACCGGGAAAACCAACACGGUAAGCAGCAAUAUCUCGCCAUGUACUCCAGCAUUUUUGGAGGAAUAACAACUGAUCCAGCUGCUAUGGUGAUCCCCAUUGAUGACCACAUGGUCCACAGAGGGCAUGGUGUUUUUGACACUGCUGCUAUAAAAGAUGGGUAUCUGUACGAGUUGGACCAGCACCUUGACCGUAUUUUAAGGUCAGCAUCCAUGGCCAAAAUUGACAUACCAUUUGAUCGAGAACGCAUAAGGAGAAUACUCAUACAAACUGUGAGUGCUUCCAAGUGCAAAACAGGAUCGCUAAGGUACUGGCUCUCGGCAGGGCCUGGUGAUUUUCAGUUAUCUCCAUCUGGCUGCCAUCAGCCAGCUCUUUAUGCUAUUGUAAUCCAAGAUCUAUCACCCUUCAAUUCGAAGGGCGUUAAAGUAGUUACUUCAUCGAUCCCAAUAAAACCUCCCCAAUUUGCAACCAUGAAGAGUGUGAAUUAUCUUCCAAAUGUGCUUUCAAAGAUGGAGGCUGAAGAAGAAGGUGCAUUUGCAGCAAUUUGGCUGGACCGUGAUGGAUUCAUUGCUGAAGGGCCUAACAUGAAUGUGGCUUUUGUUACAAAAGAGAAGGAACUUGUGAUGCCUCAGUUUGACAAAAUCCUAAGUGGAUGCACAGCUAGGAGAGUUUUGGUUCUUGCAGAAGGGCUGGUGAGGGAGGGUAAGCUUCGGGGAGUAAGGAUAGAAAAUGUGACUGUUGAGGAAGGGAAGAAGGCAGAUGAGAUGAUGCUUAUCGGCAGUGGAAUUCUCGUUCGCCCUGUAGUGCAGUGGGAUGAGCAGGUCAUUGGUGAUGGCAAAGAAGGCUCCUUGACUCAGAUUCUAUUGAAUCUUAUUAUCGAGGACAUGAAAUCUGGCCCUCCUACUGUCCGAGCGCCUAUUCCUUACUAA